AUGCAAAAGCAUUUGGUCUCGGCAGCCUCUGCGCGGGGGGGGGGGGGGGGCCAAGCCAAACAAACCAACCCGCAGGACUGGGACCGAAAUCCUGGGAGCUUCUUACCAACGGCCCCAGAGCAUCCCAGUGGCCGGGGGCAGGUGGCCGCCCCCCGGGGGCUGGCGGGCUGGCCCGGGGCUAAUGGUAACACUCGGCGGCUUCUCCCCCACGGGCGGGGGGGCGGGGGGGGCUCUUCCCACAGAGAGUUGGGCGAAGCCGCAGCCCCUUCUCCGGGCCCCGGGGAAGAUGCUGCGGACCACGGGCAGCGGCCGGUGCGGCGGAGAGCGGCCAGCCCCCCCCCCGCACCGCCUCAAUCCUCGCCCCGGGGCUGGGGGGCGCCGCGCCCCAUCUCGGCCGGGCGGCGGCGGCGGCAACUUUCGGGGGAAACUGUUGCACGUCCCGGAACAAAGGCGGCUCCCCCGGCAGGAAUCAGGCCCGGGGGCUCGGCAGGGGGCGGCCAGGCGGGGUCCCCGGCCCCCGCCCGGGGCAGGGCGCCGCUCGCUGCGGGACGGAGCCGGGCUGGGGCUGGCCGCAGCCGCCGGGAGCGGGGCGGGCCCGGCGGCGGGAGGAAGCGGGAUCCGGACGGGCUCCUCCUCGCUCCGGCUCUCCCCCUGCUGCCCGGCUGGCUGCGCUGCAGCGGCGAGCGAGCGCCGCGCCCCGGGGCUGCUCCCCGCGGGGUGGCGGCGGGCGAGACCCGCUGCCCCGGGGCCAGCCUCCUGCCGGCCCGGCCCGGCCCCGCCGGCGCUCGCUGCACCCGAGCGCCCUCCCGGGGAGCCCCCUGCACGUGCGGGGAGGGGGGGUCCGCUGCGGGAACCGCUGCCCCUGGAGCGGAGCUGGCUCGGAGACUCCAUCCCAUCCUGGCAAACGAUGACCUGGCCUCAGUUAUUCACGUCUUCGUCAGCUCUCGUCUAGACCGCAGCAGGCCAGUAGACCUGGACAUAGAGCCUUCAGCACUGUGGAAACUCCACGCACUACAGACCGCUGCAGAGCAUCUCCUCAGCUGCACUGGCUCCUGUGAGCACAGCCAACCUGGCCUCCACUCACACCUUGGGCUUCCCCAUCGACUAUUAACUCCGGUUCAUGGUCUCCAGCCUUAUCGUCAAGGGACUCAAGGGCCUGGGCCCAAAGUAUCUAAAGACUGACUUAACCCCAGGAUAAAGAGUGUAGUCGUCAACUCUGCUCCUCUGCCACAAUGGAGCUCUCUACAAUAAGGGUAAGGCUCGUCUGCGCAAGAGACAGAACGCUCCUGGAGGCCAGCCCAAGACUGUCAACUGAACUUCCCCAGGAACUGAGCAUCAUCACAAGCCUCGCCACCUUCCACUCGAAAGGCAAGAUGCAUUUCUUUGACCUCGCUUUUCCCACUGAAAAGGUGAAUUUUGGUGCUAGCAAGGUUUGUCAUGCUGACAGGGCCACCCAUACUGAAGUCUUCUCACAUUCUGCAGAACAGGGACACGAUGGGCAACUUCCUUCCAGGCCUGGCAGUUGGAGCAAGAGACUAGCUCAGCAUCCAGGGCCUCUUCAAUCUUUGGCCUUUAAAAGGAGGCGGAGGGAAGGUAAUUUUGGUAGAGGUCUUGUAACAUGGCCUCAUAUCCACUUGUGACCUGACCCAAAACCUCCUGUCUAUUUCAUGUCUGUAUCUACACACUCAUCAGUACCAUGUGUCAGGAGCUCUGAAAUCCUAAUUAGGCCCUGAUACAAAGCUCAGGGAAGCCAGUGGAAAGACUCCCAUUGAUUUCAAUGGGGUUUAGAUCAGGGUCUUUAUCAUCCCUCAUACUAAAGAGAAGUCAGAUGGUUAAAAAACAAAGAGUCAUGCACUCACUAGCUCCCAAGCAGGGCUGGAUUUGAACUAGUGGCCAAGAGUUAAAAAGCAUUGUAUCAACCAACCUCCGAACCGUCUAUGGGUGAACUUCUGGCCCCAUUGAAGCCAAAUGGGAUUUUUGCCAUUGACUUCAAUGGGAUCUAGAUUUCACUUUAUGUUGUUAUUGUAAAGAUAAAAUCUACAUAAUACUGUUUUAAGACCUUCCAGGAGAUGCGCUGAAAACAAAUUAAAUAUAAUAGUCAGUCAAUCUUAGCUCCAUACAGGAAAAGGCUUGGAAGUUUAAAAAAAAAAAAUCAAAUCAGAUCCAACAUAUAGAAAGAAGCUAUUUACUUUAGCCAGCAAAAGCAAACAUGUGCUGCUAUUAAAUCACAAACUCCCAAAGAAAAUACAAGAGAUGAAAUACAAGCUAGCAAACUGGGUAAGAAAACUUUUGGGGGACCACGAUUAACAGAAGGGGAGAUUUGCUUGAAGAAAGCUGCUGUAUCAUUCCAGUGCUCCUUUUCUGGAGCCCACAGCAGAGUUUGCUGUGCACUUCAAUGUUCACAAAGUAGGUGCUAGAGAGGGAAUAUAAAUUAGUGGUUUGAACGUGGGCUUGAGAGUCAGGAUUCCCAAAUUCUGUUCCUGCUACUGAUUCCUCUGUGAGCUGGAGCAAGUCACUUAAACCUCUGUGCCUCGCUGUACCCAUUCUCAAAAUGGCAUUAAUAAUACUUGCCGACAGCACAGUGGUCAUGCAAUGCUUGAUUCAUUAAUAUCUGUAAAGUGUUUCAAGAUUCUUUGAUUAAAAGUGCUAUAGAAAAUUGAAGCAUCAUUAUAUCCUGUGCAAACCCCAAGGCUCACUGAUGCCCAGGAAGACCUAUAUAUCAUUUGCAGGAGCAAAAGACUCCAGGGGAGUCUCCAGAUUGCGGACAUGAGAAUCAGCCCUCUGCUUUGAGGAGUGCACUGAUCAGAUAAGCUGGAACACUUCGGAGGGCAGAGAAGCAGGGUGCAUGCACUCGCUCUCUAAUAACUAAGAAAUAUGCAGAACCACAGGAAAUAGCAGACAGACACGAUUCAGUGUUUGACUCACACUCCUGAUUCUUUCCAAAUGUUUCACAGCAUCUAGGCAUGACAUGAAAAUGAAUGUUUUGAAGCAGCAAACUCCAUCCAUCCUUUCCCCUUUGAAAAUAAACAGCCCAACCCCAUUUGUAUCUAACUUUUUGAACAGUAAAUCAUUCGUCAUUAAACGUCACAUUAUCAAAUCUGUCUUUUGUGUGUGCAUCUCCAGAUUACUUACUUCAUUUAUUUACUAGCUGAUUUCUUUCAAAGAUUAAUGUAUGUUUGAUGGAGCUUGUCGAGGUGAUAAAUGUACUGCUGCCAAGCACCAGGCUUAAAUGGGUUUUGGACAUGGCUGUAGGCCAUUAGGCAUUGAACUCGGAUCGCUCACUCACUGCACACAGUCUGCAGCCAAGCAUCUGAACUUGGGUCAUUAGUGACCCAUUCCUGAUAUGAACCAAUGUCUUAAAAAGGUGAAGGGCUGCAUAUACCAUUAGUACCAAUGCCCCAAGUCAUCUAUACCCCUGCAUUGUUGCAGUCUGACCUUAACGGUUUUCUGAAUCUAGAAGUAACGAGUGAGUCAGAUGGAGCUUACUGUUUCAGAUCAAGUUUCUGCUAUUCCACAGCUUUAUCCAUGUCAAAUCUCACAGACAGAUGGAUGGUAAAAGCAAUGCCAGCCAGAUUAUAUUUGCAAAUUUUCCACAGUGAACUGCUAAGCUGAACUCCUGAUGCCUUUUGUUUAGAGGGGAACAAAACAUGCAUUAUGCUCUCAAAUGCUUAGGGAGAUAGAAGGGGGAGUUGAACUCCGGGUUUGUCUUUCAGAAGCAGAUCCUACUUGUGCAAAGCUGCUUAAGAUCUCGUAUUUGUAAUGAACACAAAGUCUUUUUUGCUUUGCCUGGUUUGUUAAUAUUCAGUGAUAAGGAUCAAAGAAGAGCAAGUUUACAACCUGAUUUUAUAAACCUUGGUGGAUAGCCACCAUUUAUACCUAAUUUCACACAGGUUAUAAACAGAGUUCCCUAGGCUAUAAAAAAAGAAGAAAAAAAUCUAGGCUUGGCUUCCUGCAAUUUGAUAUGCCCAAAAGAUAAAUAAAUACAUUACAUCACCCCCUUGUAUUGCAUAAACUCCAUGUCUAGAAUCCAGUUACCAAUGAACCUAGGUGCCAUUAUUGCCUUUGUCUUUUAUGGAGAAACUAAGUAGGGAACCUAGGACUGAAUUCUCAGUUAUAUGAAAGUCCAUUUACGGUGAAGUUCUGCCCACUUUACCUCAAAGCAGAGUCAAGUGGUCUUUCUAACUGCAAAUUCAGGUCUCAGUCUUCACAUUUUAACUUCAUUCUCCAAACUGAGCAUGCAGUUUGAUCAGAGAACAGGGUGGUUUUUAAAUAGGGGUGGGACCCGUGCCAAAAAUUGGUGUCCGAAGCUGAAUUUUCCCAAAGUUCAAACUGGAUUCUGAGCCAGGGAUUGGGGUUGGACACCAUCUCUAGUUACGAGACAUUCAGCAUCCUCAUUGUUUGGCAGGAUCAAUAGGCAAUACUAUAAAUAAAUUGGAUCCUACAAAAUAUUGACUAGAGCUAAGUAAAAAAAAAAAUCACAAUUUCUAAGCCACGGGAAAACCCAACAGUUCCUUCUGUCACAA